AUGGAAGAUGGUGUGAAAGAAGACACAGCCAAGCCAAAAGAGGUUAAGCCCACAGACAAGGCUGGCUGGCUGAAGAAGUCCUCUGGGAAGUUCCUGGCCAGCUACAAAGACCGUUACAUACAGCUGGACCGAACCGAGAUUCUGGUUUAUGAAAGUGAUGAUUUAAAGAACUGCUUAGAGCGAGUGGACCUGGAAAACUAUGACAAAUGCCACGAAUUGCGAAGUGCCUUCAAGAAGAAAAACAGACUUGUACUGAUACGAGGGCAGAAAAGUGGGAAUAAGGUUCAUGAUAUAAAAUUGCAGGCUCAAACACCAGAGGAAAAGGAAGCGUGGAUCAAGGCCCUCAGUGAUGGCAUCAACAGGGCCAAAAAUAAAAUCUUUGAUGAGGUGAAGGUUAAUGAAGAGUGCUCUUUAGAGCAUGUGACACGCAAUAGGCCCAAAGGAAAUCGUGCAAGGAGGCCACCAACCAGGAUACACAUGAAGGAGGUUGCUAGUGUGUCAUCAGAUGGAAUCCUGAGACUGGACCUGGAUGAUGCAGAGAGUACACCCAAUGGAACUCAUUACCUUAACCUUGAAGGGAACGGAGCCCAAGCGGCCGAGAAGAAGCCUGUGGCAUCAUCUAAAACUGAUGGCAUUCCAGAGGAGACUAAGGCUGAAAGUUCAGUGACACAACAGAAGAUUCUUAAGCCACCCAUGCCUCCCUUGAAAGAGAACAGUGCCAGUGAAGAGCCUGGGGAUGAGUCUACAACUGAAGAGAUGGCUCCUCCAAAGAAAAUUCUGAAGCCACCAAUGCCUCCUUCAAAGGAGCAGAAACCUCGUGAAAACAAGGAAGAGGAGACGACAAAUGUGUCCCUCGAAGCAUCUUCUCCUCCGAAAAACCUCCAGCCUCCUACACCACCAACCCAAAACACGAAGCCCAGCCUGACCGCAGUUUUGGAAGAUAAAGACAUCCCCAAGAUGCAAGCAGAUUCAAGUGGUUCUGAGGAGAAAGAUAAUUUGGAGGAAGUGGCUCCUGAUGUUCAGAAAGGCAAUGAGAAGGGAGAAGCGUUAGCAACUGUGGAUGAUGUAACCAUCUGUCUUCCCAGUAACAUUCUGAAGCCCCAAGGGGUCAUGUGGGAUUCUUCUAAUACAACAAAUGAGGAACAUUCAGCCAAGCAGGGUGCCCCAGAAUCUGCCAUUCCAGCAUCUGAAAGCAAAGAAUCCAGUAAUACUGCUAAAGAUGUGACCACGGCAAAUGUUACACCUAUAAAGCCUGCAACUCAGCUCACGGCAACAACAUUAGUCUCUCCAGAACCUGUCAAAAAGGGCCCUGGCCCCCCUGCUCCUCCAAAAAAGAAGCCUUUGAAGCCUGUGUUAAAAAUGGAGGAAUGUACCAACAAUCUGUCUUCCGUUGAAAAUCUGCAAAGUGUGAGCACAUCCACUUCAGUUGUUUCAGAGAGUGCACAUGAUGUGAAAGACGACGCAAAACACAUUGCUCUUGAGCCUAAAAGUGAGCGAAAAGUUGUCAUCCUGUCUCUUAAUGACAUGGGAAAGAGUGCUGGGCCUUGCGACCUGUCUACGGAGCACAAAGACGUGGAAGAGAAAUCUGUAGACAGUGGUCAGCAUUCAGCUGAUGAAUCUGAAAGUAGUGACCAUGUCACGUCAUCUGCAGUUGCAUUGCAAGUCAGCGACCAAGACUUCGAUGGGGAAACCAGCAAGAAUGACACAGAGCUGUCUGACAGCCAGGUUCAGAGCACAGAUGAGGACCCAUUUGCGCUACCCUCAGUUAUGACUCCUGACUCCACCCAGGAGAGCAGCAUUGACUCCUGUGCUUCCAGCAGCCAAAAUAUUGCACAAAACAAAUGUGCCGCUCAGUCCCCACACCCACCCGUACCCAUCAAGCCUCCCAUUAAGAGACGGUCUGCAUCCUUGGUAGACCUUCUCUCAGAGCCAUCGGAGAACAGGAAGUGGCCGGCCGGGGAACUUCCUGUUUCCUUGCCUGGAAGUGACAUGAAGGAACUGCAAAACAAAGUGUCCCUGGAGUUGGAAAAGACAGGAGAGCUGCUCGAUGCCAUAGUAACCAAGCAACCCAGUGAAGCAGAAAAGGAAUCUCUGUCUGAAGGGGGACCAACGCCAGAGAUUUUGCUCAGUACAGCCAUGGAGAAGCUCAGGAAAGCAGAUGAGUUUUUAAGAGAAGCUAAGAGUUUUACGGAACCCAGACAGUUUGAUAAAAAGAGCAAGAGAAGUAGUUGGUGAUUGCACAUUAAGAGUUAUUUAACAUACCACAUGUUAAU